CAGUGUGUGUCUGGGUCUAACAAAAAUCCAUCUGUAACAUAAAGGCAAUAAUGAAUUGAAAAUUCAUGUUGAAAUUUUCAACAUAAACAAAAGUUGUUUUAAAAAGAAGACAAUAGCAAGUAAUAGAUAACAAAUCUAUAAAAAAGCAAAACAAAAUCAUCAAUUAUGGCCGAACAACAGAAGCUAUCGUUGUGUCCACGUUUAGUGGACUAUUUGGCAAUUGUGGGUGCUCGAACAACACCACCAAUACACAAGGGAUUACCAGGAAAUAAGACACCACCUGUACAAAUCCCCGAACUUUUAAGACGUUAUCCACCCUCGGAUCAUGCCGAUUUUCCCUUACCUCUCGAUAUGGUAUAUUUUUGUCAACCCGAAGGUUGUACCAGUGUUGGUCCUCGAAGAACUGGCUCAGCCAUUCGAGAUAUGACAUCAUUUGUAUUCGCCUUAACCGAUAAAGAUUCCGGAAAGACGCGAUACGGUAUAUGUGUUAAUUUCUAUAGACCCGUAGAGAAACAUACGCCCAAUGUGGAGAAAGCCCAAACUCACAACACACCAGCGACAGCCCAAAGUACACGGGGUCGUAGAAGUUCGGCAUUUCGCCGAGAAUCAUGGCGAAAAAGUAUGGAGCGAAGUUCAGAUUCGGCAUUUAGUAGCGACUACAGAAGUAACGUCGCACCAAGUGAUUCUGAUCGUGAAAUGACUUCUCGUAGAGAUUCCGAUACCCAACAUCAUGUAUCACAUCAUGGUCACAAUAUGCAACAGGUGCCGAAAUUGGGUCUAAUGGCACCUUCAGCUGAUUCCGAAUCGGGUGGCAGUCAUUCACCCUCACCGCGGGCCUCUAGGAAACGUACAAAAUUAAGAAAUCAAUCAUUGACUUCAUUGUGCAUAAUAUCACAUCAUCCUUUCUUCACCACAUUUCGUGAAUGUUUAUUUAUAUUGAAGAAGUUAAUAGAUGCCUGUAAUGAAUCCUCCUCACCCAAGAGGGUGGGGGCAUCACAGAAAAAUAAUCGAGAUAAUGUGUGGACCGUAUUAACGGGUCAUGCUAGUGAGGCGACUUCUUCUAUAGUGCUACAUGAUGUUAAAGAAAUUGAAACCUGGAUAUUGAGAUUGUUAUCCACACCGGUACCAGUGCCGGGUUCAACAAGAGUUGAGGUGGAGGUACUAUCUCCCACAGUCCAUGAACCUUUACUGUUCGCUUUGCCCGAUCAUACUAGAUUUUCCUUAGUUGACUUUCCUUUACAUUUGCCUUUGGAGUUGUUGGGCGUAGAGACCUGCUUAAAGGUUUGGACUUUAAUUAUGUUGGAGAACAAGGUGUUGUUUCAAUCUCGUGACUAUAAUGCACUCUCCAUGUCGGUAAUGGCGUUUGUCACAAUGUUAUAUCCUUUGGAAUAUAUGUUUCCGGUGAUACCGCUACUGCCCACAUGUUUGAGUUGUGCUGAACAAUUGCUGUUGGCUCCCACACCGUUUGUUAUUGGUGUACCGGCCACAUUUUUAAUGUAUAAAAAGAAUUUCCGCUUGCCCGAUGAUAUUUGGGUGGUGGAUUUGGAUUCUACAAAACUAACUCCUCCUACUGGCGGCUAUGAUGAAAUACCUCCGCUUCCCGAACCAGAAGGCACAGUUUUGAAAAAUCAUUUGAAACAGGCUAUGCAACUUAUGGAUGAAGCUGGACUUGGUGCUUUAAGUUCCAUGACUGCUUCAAAUCAAGCAAUAUCAACACAACAACUAAUGCCCUCGGUAAGGGAUAGUUUAACAGAGCCCACUUUAUUGGGGGUCUCACAGGCCAGAUUACCCUUACAGUCACCCUCUCAAUCGGCUUAUACUAGUCAAAGAAAUUCGGUGUCUACUCAGGGAGCCAUGUCACGACAGCCCAGUCCCAUGAAUUCACCGGCCUUAAAUCCUUUUAUAUAUGGCACCGAUGUCGAUUCGGUAGAUGUGGCCACCAGAGUAGCCAUGGUGCGUUUCUUUAACUCCCAAAAUACUUUGGCCAACUUUGCUGAACACACUCGUACGCUACGCUUAUAUCCUCGUCCUGUGGUGGCCUUUCAAAUUAAUAGCUUUUUACGCUCACGACCUCGCGCUUCAUCGUUCCUCAAUCAGUUUGCCAAGACUCAGGCUGUAGAAUUUUUAGCUGAAUGGUCUCUGACACCCACAAAUGUAGCCUUUCUUAGAGUACAAACUGGUGUUAUGGAUCCUUUACAAGUUGGCGAUAAACCCAAAUGGUUUGCUCAUGGUUUAACACCUAUACGUUUUUCCGUUUGGGAUGAUGGCAGUUCCUUAAAUGGUGCUUUACGUUCACUCAAACAAUUGGAAUGUGCUGCCACCGAUGAGAGUGGUUCUGAUUCCGAGGGGGCCGAUAGUUCGAGUUCUUCUUAUUCCUCUUUGAGUGAUUUUGUUUCGGAAAUGGUUUCAUCUGAUCUUUCGCCUAGUUUACAUGAUGUUUUUGGCUCACACAAUCGUCCUCAUAAUGUUCCUCAGACAUUGUCUUCUAAUUUAGAUCCAGCAUUGGUGUAUCAUCCUCCUAGUAAGCUACAAUAUCCCGAGGGUAUGGUGGAACAAAUGUCUUCCAAAGAGGAUGAAGAUGAUCGUCCAGAGUCGCCCAUGUCAUCAGCCUCAUCUAGUCGUUCCGACUUGUCCUCGCCUAGUUUUAAUCGUGAUUCGGAAUUUGAUUUUCCCGCCAAACCAUUUGAGUUGGCUGCACCAGUGGCUCAAAGACUAGAUGCCACCAUUAAGGCGGCCAGUUUGGAACAGGAAUCGGAAACUAAUUCUAAUAUAACAAUUACCGCACCUCAAGGUCAUCAGAGGACGCCGAGAGAUCAAGAAAAUCGGCAUGUAACGGAAAAGAAAAUACCGCCUCCCAUUACGCCCGUUAAACAGCCCAGUGUCACUAAUAUCUUGGCUCGUACUGGUAGCUCUGGUUCCAGUUCCAGCAGCCCAGGACGUCAAUCCUCACAGUCCUCACUAUUUGAAAAUAUUGCUUCACAUGCCAAGGAUUUAGUAAGAGAAACUACCCGACAAAGUAGCCAGGAGGGCAUAUUGGCUCACAUGGACAAGCAAUCUUUGGAUGAAGAUAUUGAUGACAAAAUGCGUCAUACAUUCGAAAAGCUUACAUUGCAUGCUAAGAAAGCAGCCGGGGAAGCAUCCAAGCAGGCUUUAGAAGUCUCUAAGCAGGCGGCUGGAGUUAGUAAGAAUACCUUUGAGGAUUUAAGUUAUGUGGGUAAAUCAACCUUGGGAGAUAUAACGAAAAAAGCCAAGGAAGAAGCCACUAAAAAGGGUCUUAUCAAAGUAGAUGAAAAAGCAGAACCACCAAGUCCAGGAGCAGGCAAUCAAUUGGCUACACAGAAACAAUUACAAAACAGUGGAACGGGUUCGGGAAAUUUCUUUUCUAAUAUAGGCAGUGAUUUCAAUGGUUUGGCCUCCUCAACUUCCACCAUGUUUUCGGGAAUGUUUGGAAAGAAAAACCAACAAAAACAACCCCAAGUCUCAGCACAACAAACUAUGGGUCCUAAAUCAAAGUCAGGUUUGGGUUUCGAUCCCUUCCCAGGACGUAAAGGUUUAGUAGAAAGAACACCUUUAAUAAAACAUGCUGGACCGCAUAAAACCCAAGAAGAAAUAACAAGACAACAAAAUCAGGAAAGAUCACAUAGUAAUGCUGAAAAUCAGGCCUUUCUAAAAGACAUGACAAAUCAGGUAUUGGCCGGUGAAGGUAUAGGCUGGUUGAAAAUGAAUCGUUUUAAGAAACUAAUGGAAGAUGAAUCCUAUCGCACUUUGGUCUUAAGUAAAUUAAAUAAAACUUUGGAUAAGAAAAUAGCCCCAGAUGAUCAUAUAGAUGAUAUGUGUGUCACCAAACCGGUAUGGAAGGGUAUGCUGAAAUGUCUACAGGCCAUUACUUCCGGCCUGGAGGUUACUUUCUCUAAUUUUGGUUUGGGUGGCACAGCCUCCGUUUUUCAAAUGAUGGAAAUUGCUCAUACCCAUUACUGGAGUAAAGAACUCAAUGAUGCUAGUGAUAUGUCUUCUAGUUUACUCUCUAGCCAUGCCACCAGUCCUAUGGGUAGUAGGGAAAAUUUACGCUCCCCCUCUAGUCCUAAUGGUUCACACUCCGGUCUGGGCAGUGAAUGGGCUUCACCGCAAGAAUCUCGUAAAAGUUCUACUCAUACCGAUAGAUCGGGACCAACACAAGUUGCUGGCAAUACUGGUCCCUCUAGACGUCUAUCCACAGCCGAUAGUCAAGAUGGCCAAUCUACCACAGAAAUGUUUAAGGAUAUGUUGGCUCAGAAGCGAUCGGCUUUGUUGAGUAAAUUGACUUCAUUUGACUCAGAUGCUGCUGGUUCUACCGGUGCACUAUCGGUUGUUAGUGAUCUACUGCCCGUUGGUAGUUUGAAUGUACGUAUGCCAUCCAGUUGUCGUUCUACUGUUUCCGAUACUGAAUACGAAAAUACAACAACCUCCAAAGAUUCUAAACGCAGUUCAGCCAAUAUGUGGUCUGGUAAAUCUACUCUUAGCGCUGGUUUUCGCUAUACGGGUGGUCAUUUAAUAAAUACCUCUUCAUCACCGUCGCCCGAUAGUCCUCGUGUUUAUUUGUUCGAGGGUUUAUUGGGUAAGGAUCGCUCAAAUCUUUGGAAUCAAAUGCAAUUUUGGGAAGAUGCCUUGGAUGCUGUGAGUCAGGAGCGUGAUAUGAUUGGUAUGGAUCAGGGACCCAUUGAAAUGAUGGAACGUUACAAAUCUCUCAGUGACUCGGAGCGUAAACGUUUAGAACACGAUGAAGAUCGUUUACUCUCUACAAUGUUAUAUAAUUUGACCGCCAUUUUGGUUAUGUUAAAUGUGAAUAAAGAGGAAAUACGACGAAAAAUAAGAAGAUUGCUGGGUAAAUCUCAUAUUGGUCUAGUAUAUGCUCAAGAAGUUCACAAUGUGGUGGAUCAAAUAAAUAAUUUGAAUGGAAAUGAUAUUGAUUUAAAACCACUCGGUUCGAGACUUUUGCAUCGUCAAAGUUUCACCGUUCACCAGGGUGUUGAUGCCUCGGGUCCAUUACGUUUUAUGGAAGUACGAGAUGAUGGUUUAGUUUUACGUUCCGUAGAUGGCACCAUUGUAGAACGAUGGUGGUAUGAACGUUUAGUUAAUAUGACCUAUUCUCCGAAAACAAAAUUACUUUGUUUAUGGCGGCGUAAUGGUGGUCAAACACAAUUGCACAAGUAUUACACCAGAAAGUGCAAAGAACUUUACAAUUGUAUUAAAGAAGCCAUGGAACGUGGUGGUACUCCCACCAAUGUUCCCGAGUUAGGUGGUGAAUUCCCCGUACAAGAUAUGAAUACCGGGGAAGGUGGUCUAUUGCAAGUGUGCCUUGAAGGUGUUGGUUUGUUAUUUGCCAACAGCAAGGACUUUGAGUUUUUCGUUCGUUUGGAUCAUAUACGAAAGUGUUUUACACAAAAGGGUGGCAUCUUCGUAUUGGAGGAAUAUAAUCCCAAAACUCGCCAACUCAUACAACGAAAAUAUAAAUCUACUAUGGCCGAUCAAAUAUGUUAUUCGGUAUUAUGUGUCUUCUCUUAUGUGGCGGCUGGUCAAGAUCAAAAUCAAAAGAAAAAUCCGGUGGUUAUAACACCCCAAAUACAAGAUAUUCAUGCCCAACAAAAGCAACAACAUGCUCAACAACAUCAUCCGCAACAACAACAACAGCAGCAGCAACAUCAGUCACAACAACAUCAACACCAAACAACUGCCUCAUCUGCGGUUCAUACUACUAAAACCUCUCAUUUACCUUCACAACAACAAAAUAAUCAUAAACAUCAGACUAUAACUAUACGUCAUACCCAGCCCAUGCAAAAACCAACAAUAACUACAUCUACCGUUCAACCACAAUCGAAAUUAGUUCAUACAAAUGCUAAAACUCAUACUACAGCUACCAUGGCUACUUCUCAAUCGCAAAUGCAGCAUCAGUAUCAUCCUCAGCAGCAACAACAACAGCAGCAGGCAACGCAACAUCAUUCGCCAAAACCUAAAUCUCCCAUACAACAGCCAACAUCAUCACAUCCUCCCUUGGGUCCACGCUCUAGCUCAGGCAGCCAGACGGGCGGUCCCUUACCACAAUUGCCACCUCGCAUACCUUCACAGACUUCUACAGAAAGUUUGGCAACCUCACCUACUCCUUCCACUGGUUCGCAGGGUAGAGUUAGAGGUCCUCCACCUGGGCCACCGCCCGCCAUACCUCCACGCACUGGUGCUAUAGCCCGAAGUGGUUCGGUGCAACAGCCCACCAUUACACAACAAAGAACAUUUAAAAGACAAAUCUCCGCUAACUCAACACCACCCCAAUACACACCACAACCGCCACCAGCAUUUGUUAUACCCAAACGUCAUACACCCAUUUCAAGGGCAUCGUCUGUGGCCACUUCAAGUCUCAGCGCUGCAAAUACUGCCUAUGCUCAUCAGCAUCACUCCACCAGCACAACAGCAGCUGCAUCUGCUGCAGCAGCCUCCGCAGGCUCCUCAUUGCCAUCACCCUACAAUACCCAACAGAAACGUCCCUCAUAUGGCAGUGUUAGCCUGAGUUCAUCACAAUCCUCUUCCUCACCCAAUUCCAAUGCCGGUAGCAGCUCUACCUCGCCUCAGGCCCACCGCAAACACUGACGAAGGAGUUCUUUUUUCAAGUUUAGCAGAGGCGAAAGUAAACACGAUCAUACGCCAGCCAAUACAGCUGGUGGUGGCGGCGGUGGAGGCAAAUCAGGUGAUGAGCCCUAUUCCAGAGAAGUUUGUCGCACCAUGUGUAUACCUUGGCUGUAGGGUUCGUGUUAUAAAUAAGUUUUAAGAUAAACUAAAUUUAAAAAAAAAAAAUAUUUCUAAAUAAGCUUAUAACAAUAGAGUUCAAAUGUGAAAAAUAACAUAAAAAAACAUAACAUUAUACCAUAUCUUUAAAACAAAUGGCUUAAAGUUCUAUAAAUAAAUUUGUUAAAAAACAUACCUACUAAACUUACUCUUGUAAUAAAACAGCAGCAACACUUAAAAUAAAAAACAAUUAAAAAAUGUUAUUGAGAAUAAAAAACUAUUACUUUUUUUCUAUAAUUUAAUUAUUUAAACACUUUUCCAACAAUUUAAAAUUAUUUAAAACACUUAAAAGCACAAAAUAUUUAUUAAUUUCUUCAGAAAACAAAAAACACACAUGUUUACUUGUCAACAACUAAAAACAAACUCAACAUAACAAAACAAAACAAUCUCUCUCUAUUACUAACUUACCACUCUCUUUUGUUUAUUCACCUCUUUUGUUUAUUUACAUUCAACACAAGCAUGGUUGCAUUUUUUAUUUACGUUCGUUUUAUUAAACAGAGUUGCCCAUAAACAAACAAAAGAAAAAACUAACAACUAACAAAUUUGUCCUGAAAGCUUUAAUUAUACAUAAAUAUUAGUUUAAUUAAAAUUUAAAUAAACUAAUCAACAGAUUAAUAAAGGAAAAUAUUAAUAGAAAAUAUGUUUAAAAAUUAAAUGAAUAAAUAUGUAUGUGUAUGAAUAAAUGUUGUAUAAAUGUUUUGAUGUAAUUUCCUAUAAUUAUAAUUACUAAAUAAUUAAUCAAAUUACAAGAAAAAAGAGAAAGAAAAAUUAUUGAAAAUAAACUGCAAUAAAUAUUUAUAUUAAAAACAAAAAAAAAAACAAAAAACUUAAUAAAUUUAUGAAAUUUAGUAAUUUGUGGACACAAAUAAACAUAUAUAUUAGCAAAACGUAAUAAAAACCAAAAUGGUAAUUGAAGGCAAUCUAGGUAGGGAAUGUUUGUAUAAUUAAAUCAAUUUAAAAAAAUAAAUAAAAUAAUAUUAGUAAAAAUAUAAACUAUUAAAAAGUAUUUCUUAAAAAAAACGAAAUUUAAUGUACAUCUUUUGAAGGCUGAAAUCAAACAUUUACGAAAUUUGUUAAAAGAGUAUUUGGAUAAUCUCGAUUCUGAUCGGAAAAUGGAAAUAUUGUUAGUUUAGCAAAUUAUUUACUUUUAGUCUUAAAUAGAGACCAAAAUGUACUUUUCUGAAGAACUAGGCAACGCUGAAUCUGAAUCAGAAUUUCCUUUAUUUCAUCAAGAUUUUUAAAUAUCGAGCAGUUUUUGUCAUUAUUUAAGAUGUUCUAACAGCACGAUGAUACUUUUUUGAUGGAAGUUCUUAUAUUAUCUGAAAAUUCAAUCUAUCGAAAGGUUUAACCAUUUUUAUAUCUUCUUUGAGAUCACUAAAAUUUUCCAUCAAUUCAGUCAUGAUGAUUACUGACUUACUCAGCUCUUAAGAGAAGAGCGAUUACGUUGUGAUCAAAAAAUAAUGUUUUUUUAUAAAUAAUAUAAAAUAGACUGUAGAUCACUUGUAUUUUCAAUUUAAACUGAAUUUUUAUGAAGAUCAUGCAAUAGUCUGUAGUUCCUUAAAUUAUACUGCAAAUUAAGUAACUAUUCAAAAUCUACGAUCACUUCAGAUUUCAAUUAAAAAUAUAAUUUUUAUAAUAAAAACCUAAAAUUAACUGCACAUCCUUAAAUAAUGCUCUAAACGCUCUAUUAAAAAUAUAUUUUUCAAUGAAAAACCUAAAAACUAACUCACCAAUUGAGAGAAGAGCGAUCACUUUGUGAUCUCUUUGUAAAAAAAUUAUUUUUUAUUAUGAAUAAUUUAAAGUCGGCUACAGAUCCUCAAAUAACUCUCCAAUUGAAAAAAUAGCGAUAAUCUUUGAUCACUCAUAUUUUCCAUCAAAAAUAGAUUUUUAUGAAGAUCGCGAAAUCGGCUCUUUCAUAAGUAAUUAUGAAAAAUCUAAAAUCGGUCAUAAAUUCUUAAGUAACGCUCGAAUUGAGUUAAUUUCUGUGAUCACUUUUCUAUAAAAAUUGAUUUUUAUAUAAAAAAAAAACUGCAAUUUAAUAAAUAUGCAAAAUCGACGAUCACUUAAAUUUUUCAUCAAAAAAGAAUUUAUUAAAAAAUUUUCCAAAUAUAGAUUUUUAUUAGAAAAACCUAAAUUCGGCUGUAGAUCCUUAAAUAGCACUUCAAUUGAGAAAAUAGCUAUAAUCUGUGAUCACUUUAACUAAAAUCUACGAUCACUUCACUUUCAUUAACAAAAAAAAAAAAAACAUAAAAUCGGCUGUAGAACCUUAAGCACUCUAAUUGAGAAAAUAG